UUCCAUUUAUUAAAACAUUAAUCAACGAUUAAGAACUUAAUAUAUCCAAACAAACACUAAGACAAAAGUUUUCCAUUUCAAGAGAUAUAAAUACCUGAAGAAAAAACUAGCUAGCUUUGAAUAUUAUCCUAUCUUAGUUAAUUCAGCAUGGCAAAUGGUAUAACUUGUCUCUACUUUGCUUCUUCUUCUUCUUGGCAUGGAUGGCCGGAGCUAAGGCUGAUCGAGCUCCACAGGAGCAACUUUCCGGCGAGCUUUAUCUUCGGCACCGCCUCUUUGGCAUGUCAAGUUUGUCAAUAUGAAGGUGCAUGAGAUGAAGAUGGAAGGGGACCAAGCAUAUGGGACACUUUCACUCACAUGCAUUCAGGAGGAUGUAAAGAUCAUGAAGGAAAUGGGAUUGGAUGCUUAUAGGUUCUCCAUCUCUUGGACUAGGAUACUUCCAAAUGGGAGGAGCAUAAGUGGAGGGAUAAACAAAGAAGGGGUGAAUUAUUACAACAACCUCAUUAAUGAACUCAUAUCUAAUGGGUUAAAGCCCUUUGUGACACUAUUCCACUGGGACUCUCCACAAGCUUUAGAAGACAAGUAUGGAGGCUUCCUAAGUGAAAACAUUAUUGUCGGAGGAUAUGCAAGUGCAAUACUAGCACCAGGCCGAUGCUCACCUUAUGAAGUUGGUCAUGGCCCUGUUGGUGAUUCAAGCAGAGAACCUUAUGUUGUAGCUCAUGAUCAACUCUUGGCUCACGCUGCUACUGUCACUAUCUACAAGCUAAAUUAUCAGGCACAUCAAAAUGGCAAAAUAGGGAUAACAAUAAACUCCAAUUGGUAUGUUCCAUUCUCCAAAUCCAGAUCGAGUGAUGACUCAGUUCAAAGAUCUUUGGAUUUCAUGUAUGGAUGGUUCAUGGACCCCUUAGUUUUAAGAGGCUAUCCUUUGAACAUGAGAGUUUAUGUUGGAAAUCGUUUACCUGAGUUCACUAAAGAGCAAUCACAGAUGGUUAAAGGAUCAUUUGAUUUCAUUGGUUUAAAUUAUUACACCUCUAAUUAUGCUCGAAAUAUUCCCUUCUCAAAUAUGGUCAAUGUAAGCUAUAAUACAGAUGCACACGUUGCACAAACAGGUGACCGAAAUGGAAUUUUGAUAGGACGACAGGGGUUGACGAGUUUAGCAAAUGCAACAGUACUAUCACUUGAAGAAGCACUUAAGGAUGACGUGAGAGUAGACUUCUACAAGAAACAUCUGAUCUAUCUUGAAAGAGCAAUCAAGAAAGGGGUUGAUGUGAGAGGAUACUUUGCAUGGUCUUUGUUGGAUAAUUUUGAAUGAAUUAAUGGCUACACAGUGAGGUUUGGGAUCAAUUAUGUGGACUACAAAGAUGGUUUGAAAAGACACCCUAAAACUUCUACAAAGUGGU